AUGCACAGCAAACGCAUCUACCGCUCGAUCGCACCCUUGCUACCCUCUAGACCUGCCUUUUCCCCAUCUUUGCGCAUCGCACCGCUCGCAACCUCCCCACCUCGCACCGGUUCGUUCCUCCGCACCAUGUCGUCGGCAGGCACAGUGGCAGACACGGAGCUCAAGACGCUCGCCACUUUGGUGCGCAAGAAGUUCGACGUUGCGAUCGCCGCCGGCGACGCCUUUUUCUAUCCGUCGGACAAGAUCACCUUGCAAGAGUCGGAGGCGUCCGGUGUGGCGUGGCAGAUCCGCACGGUCCCUGCGCUGCUCAAGAAGCCUUCGGACAACAAAACCCCGGAGAGCAAGUCGCCGGAAGACAAGCCGCAGCAGAACAAGAGCGAUGUGUUUGCACCGCCGUACGUGCCGAAUCUGCACGUGAAGGAUGUGGGCGAGCACGUGAUGCUGCUGAACAAGUUCUGCGUGGUGCCGCAGCACUUUCUCAUGGUGACGCGCGAGUUUGCGUCGCAGGAUCUGCCACCUUCUCCAGCUACGCUUUCGCUGGCGUACAGGACUGUUGCUGCGCAUAGGGCGGGCGCUACGGAGCUGCUGGCGUUUUACAACUGCGGUGCCACGGCGGGUGCAAGCCAACCCCACCGCCACCUGCAGUUCGUCCAGUGCCCCCCACUCGACACUACCUCGGAAGAAGCCGUGGAAAAGGGCCGCAUUUCGCAGGAUGAACAGGACCGCAUUGUCGACGCUGAACACAAGGUACCGGUCGAGGCGCUGCUGGACCGUAUCGAGCGCGACGGGAAGGAACACGAUGCGGUCCACGCACUCCCCCUACCGUGGCAGCACUUUGUUGCGCUGCUCAAUCCCCCUCCUGCAGCGCGCACGAGCGAGGCAGAGAUGGAGCAGUAUAUCGGCAACAAGUUCAUGGGCCUGCUCGAUGCGUUGUUCCGCGCACGCAUGUUUGGCAGCCAAGAGGCAGCCACGGGUAAGCCGGCGUUUAACGUGCUGAUCACGCGGCGGGCGAUGCACCUCAUCCCCCGUGCGCACGAGGAGUUCGACCAACUUCCCGGCAAACACGACUCGGACGGCAAGAUCGGUAGCCUCUCGAUCAAUUCCCUCGGAUACGCGGGAUUCAUGCUCACACGGUCAUUGGAAGAGCAGGAGGCGCUGCGUAGUAUGCCUGGCGGUGUAGAACACGUGCUGCGCUCCACAGGUGCAGCGCCUGUGGAAGAUGUUACUGUCCAAGCCGGAUUGCCCACCACCAACAUGUAG